AUGGCCACCAACCAGGACCCACUAUACCUGCAAGUCCUUAGGUUCGCUCAAGAUGUUGCCACAGGAAGGCAUUGGCUGUCCAGACUGAUUCCACCUGCGCUUCUUCUUCUGGAUGCAGCAUUAUGUGUAUUGGUGAUUGCCAAGGUGGCCUACACCGAAAUUGACUGGACUGCCUACAUGGAACAGGUCCAGCUGUUUCUUGAUGGAGAGAGAGACUACACAAAGAUCGAGGGCGGCACGGGUCCUCUGGUCUACCCAGCUGCCCACGUCUACAUCUACACUGGCCUCAUUUUUAUGCUCCGCUGCUUCAACGAUUGUUUUGCGGUCUUCUUCCUGUGGUUCUCAAUCCUGCUUUUCCAGCACCGCCAGUGGUUCGCCGGUGGUCUCGUCUACAGUUUUGGGCUCGGAGUCAAGAUGACAUUGCUUCUGGUGCUUCCGGUGGUCGGCAUACUCAUUUUCUUUGCCAAGGGCGUAAUUGGGACCAUCGCGCUGGGUGGACUGAUGGCAAGCCUACAAGUACAGCUCGCGGCGCCGUUCCUCAAGCACCCCGGCGCCUAUUUCGGACGCGCUUUCGAAUUCUCUCGCCAAUUUCUAUUCAAGUGGACCGUCAACUGGCGCUUCGUGGGCGAGGAGGCUUUCCUCAGCCGAGCUUUCUCAACUUCCCUGCUCGUCCUGCACAUUUCCGUCCUCUUGACCUUCAUUUUCACCAGAUGGCUCCCGCCAACAGGAAAGUCAUUGGGAGAUGUUCUGCAUGCAACAUUCAGCCGCGACGGCCACGGACGUAAUUGGCAGGCACUGUUCCAAAGAUUCACGCCAAAGUACAUUCUGACUACCGUCUUAACUGCCAACAUCAUCGGCCUGCUCUUCGCCCGAUCUCUCCAUUAUCAAUUCUACUCCUACCUGGCCUGGUCCACGCCCUACCUCCUCUGGCGCGGCGGCCUGCAUCCUGUGUUGCAGUAUGUCUUGUGGGCCCUCCAGGAGUGGGCCUGGAACGUGUUUCCCAGCACACCAGUCAGCUCGGCUGUUGUGGUGAGUGUCAUGACGAUCACGGUGGCAGCGGUGUGGUUUGGCACAUCGGACGAUGCGACGUCUUCAGCUGCAGCAAAAUCGUCCACUGACAACGCUGGAGCGCCAACUCGGUCCAUUCCGAAGCCUUAG